AAGUCUCGCAGACCAUUUAGGUUGGUCUGACAGUUUUUGUCGAACGUGAAGGCAACACUUUCAAAGCUAACAGCGUUAGCAUUAGCUGCAGUGCUAUGAGUUGAGCUAGACUAAAGUGUUGGGAAUGCAGCCACCACUGCCACCUGAAGCAGUCAGAGAGCUGGUGAGCUCCUGUCUGCACAGAGAUCCGGUCGCAGCAGAUCUGCGCUGCAGCCUGUUUGUUGCUGCGGCACAAAACUACAAGAGGGACUCUCUGCUCAGGCCUUUUCCUCUUCGCUACAUCAGCGGUGACAACAAGGACUUUGAGGAGCUGUUGAGGGAUGUGAACUCACUGCCUGGCGUGAGGGAUCUGGUGAGACUUCCGCCUGGCGAAGGAGAGCAUCACCUGGCUCUCACUCACUGGAUUCUGUCCUCAAAAAGCUUUGCUGUAAAGACGCUUCAAAAGGAAGAGUACGCCAAACUGUGUAACCUGACGGAAAGCGAAGGGAUUUCUGCUCCUGCGCCCGACUUCCUCUUUGAGUUGGAGUACUCUGAUCCCAUGAACGUCAGGUUUGAAAGGACAAGAGACGGACGAGACGUCUUCUAUGCAUUCCACGGGAGCCGCUUGGAGAACUUUCACUCAAUUAUCCAUAACGGCCUCCACUGUCAUCUCAACAAGAACUCUGUUUUUGGAGAGGGGACCUACCUCACCAGUGACCUCAGCAUGGCUCUUCUCUACAGUCCUCAUAGCAGCGCCUGGCGAGAAAGCCUCCUCGGCCCGCUGCUCAGCUGCGUGGCCUUGUGUGAAAUCAUCGACCAUCCGGAUGUAAAGUGCCAGGUGAAGAAAAAGGACUCAGAAAUCUUAGACAGGCAGCGGUCACGAGCAAGGAACAGCGAAGGAGGGGAUGUGCCGCAGAAAUACUUUAUUGUCACCAACAAUCAGCUCCUGAGAGUCAAGUACCUGCUCGUUUACUCUCAGAAGAGGCACCUUUCCAGGCGUUCCCGCAGCAGCUCGUGGUUUCUUAGGCACCACUUUGCCAUCAUGAUGAGUCUCUACCUUCUGCUGCUCGUAUUCAUCGGUGCCUUCAACUCUCCCACCUUCGUGUCCUUUUGGCACAGACUGUUCAGGUGACGGGACACCAGGAGAGCCGGCCCGCCGUGCCUUUCUGAUUGAGUCUGACCCGAGGCCAGAAGAAACACUGUUUUACGCACCUUUCUACUACUUUCUGCAGCUCCAGAACAUUUUCUUCUUUUAAUCAAUAGUUCAAAUUUCUGUUUCUCCAAAAAUACACAUCUUUUUAAAAACCAUGUAUGUUCUGUAUUCAUUUCAUUCAAAUAAAAUCUUAGUGCAAUGGUU